ACCAUACUUUCGCCAUAAACAAAAUUCUGUAUUUUGAACUGAUCAAACACAACGGUUACCGAACUGGCUCCAAGUUGGCAAGUGGAAAGUUGGCAAAGGCUGGCAAUCAUCAUUAACCUCAGGCUGCAGACCGAAUCUUAUCCUGAUAGAUACAAGUAGUGUGGUACAACAAAAAACGGACGUCGUUGCACUUGUAGCAAAAUGCCAAAAAAGAACCCAUACCUUGCCCAUCGACAUCCCACUGGGCGGGCUACUUCAGGCACAAGCAAUUUCAAUGGUGCCAAUGCCUCCUCGAGGCAGCCUCUCUUUGGUUUUCUUCCCCGAAAUGUCACCGCAGAUCGAGUCCACCUGGCUCUAGAACAUGAUCUAAACCCGUUCACAGAGCAACCCCAUACUGCACAAUACAAAGAGAUCCUUGAAGCACGCAAAAAGCUCCCCAUAUUUGCACAGAUGACCGAGUUCUACGAGAUAUUCAACAAACACCAAAUCAUCAUCUUGGUCGGUGAGACUGGCUCAGGCAAGACCACGCAAAUACCUCAAUUCGUCGCUUACUCUGAUCUUCCGCAUACCAAGAACAAAAUUGUGGCAUGCACCCAGACCCGCAGAGUUGCCACCAUGUCCGUCGCUAAACGCGUCGCGGAUGAGAUGGACGUCCAACUCGGUCGACAAGUCGGUUACUCAAUACGUUUCGAAGACAUGGUCGAGCCCGGCACAACCUUCCUCAAAUACAUGACCGAUGGAAUACUCUUCCGCGAAGCCAUGAACGACCCCGAUCUCAGCCGCUACUCCACUAUCAUCAUCGAUGAUGCCCACGAACGCACACUCGCCACUGACAUCCUCAUGGGUGUUCUGAAAACCCUCGUUCGCCGUCGCCCAGACCUCAAGCUCAUCAUCAUGUCCGCCACUCUUGACGCCCUCAAGUUCCAGAAAUACUUCGCUGGUUCAGGUGACGCCCUUGCCCCGCUCCUCCAGGUCCCCGGUCGUACCCAUCCCGUCGAGGUGUUCUACACCCUGGAGCCGGAGCCGGACUAUGUCGAGGCUGCCAUCCGCACUGUGCUCAUGAUUCAUCGCGCCGAGGAGCCAGGGGAUAUCCUAUUGUUCCUGACGGGCGAGGAGGAGAUAGAGGAAGUAUGCCGCAGGAUCAAGCUCGAGGCGGAUGACCUUGUCAACUAUUACCCCGAGUCUGUAGGCCCCAUCGUGUGCAUCCCUCUGUACUCGUCACUACCGCCGCAACAGCAGCAACGCAUCUUCGACCCGCCGCCGAAAGCAGGCAUUCCGGAUGGUCCCCCAGGACGCAAGGUUGUAAUUAGCACAAACAUCGCAGAGACAUCGCUGACGAUCGAUGGGAUCGUGUACGUUGUCGACCCAGGGUUUUCCGAGCAGAAAGUGUACAACCCACGCAUCCGUGUGGAGAGCUUACUCGCUAGUCCAAUCUCCAAGGCGUCGGCACAGCAGCGUGCGGGCCGGGCCGGACGAACAAGGCCAGGUAAAUGCUUUAGGUUGUAUACUGAGAAGGACUUUAUGUCGGAGCUCGAGGAGCAGACAUACCCAGAAAUUUUGAAAAGUAAUUUAGCGAACACGGUGCUGGAGCUUGUUAAGGUGGGGGUUAAGGAUCUUGUCAAGUUUGAUUGGGUGGAUGCGCCAGCGCCAGAGUCGUUGAUGAGGGCACUGGAGCUAUUAAAUUACCUCGCGGUAUUGGAUGAUGAUGGCAACCUCACAGCGCUUGGGAGUUUGAUGGCUGAAUUUCCUCUUGAUCCGCAGCUCUCAAAAAUGCUGAUCGUCAGUCCAGAGUUUAAAUGUAGCAAUGAGAUCUUGACGAUCACUGCGAUGUUGUCAGUACCAAAUGUAUGGCUACUACGGCCGAGCAACGAGCAGAAAGUGGCGGAUGCUGUAAAGGCGUUGCUUACCGUCCCCGAUGGCGAUCACUUAACGCUUCUGAACGUGUAUAACAACUAUGCUCAAAACAAAUACGACAAAAACUGGACUUGGAACAAGUACCUUUCCGCUCAUGUGCUGAUGGAAGCAGACAACGUGCGCGAGCAGCUGAAACGAAUAAUGGAGCGGUUUGAGGUGGAGCUUGUGAGCAUGCAAGACCAGAAUAAGGUGUAUGUGGGGAUUAGACAAGCGUUGUGUUGUGGCUUUUUCAUGCAAGUUGCGCAUAAGGCGGGAGAGCAAGGGACAUAUAUGACCGUGAAGGAUAAUCAGGCCGUGGCGCUGCAUCCAUCGUGCGGACUCGAUACGCAGCCGGAGUGGGUGAUUUAUAACGAGUUUGUGCUCACGACGAGUCCGUACAUAUGGACCGUCACGAAAGUCCAACCAGAGUGGCUUCUCGAGUACGCACCCUUGUACUUUGAUUUGAAUAAUUGGCCAGACAGUGAGACAAAGCGUGCGUUGAAAAAGUUGGCGGGCAAGAAGAGGAACCAGGCGCACUAUGGCGGAAGUAACGAAGAGGACGAUUUGGUAAAAGCGAUGCAAAAUUUGGGGACUUCCAAGCGCCGCAAGAAGUCGACCCGCGAGUAAGUGUAAGGAGAGUAGAAGCCGGAGAAGGAGCCAGACGUGGAUCCAAAGGAUUGCGUGUCAAAGAAGUGUAUCCAGUAUGUGAAGUGCAGUACAUCUACAUCAGCAAACUCUGGGUUUGUCUAGGAAGCACUGUCCAGACCCCGGAGCUGGACAGUCUCACAUGUAUUCUUGACAGCUCUGGACAGUGCUGGGGAUAGCCUACAAAGAGGGUGCUAAUGCAUCCUAGAUCUAAUGGUGAUAUAACGGGCAUGUCUUUUCGUUUUCGUUCGCGUUUGCGCCCUUCUUGGUUUUUCUUGCUUUCGACUAGUAUGUAGUCUAGUAUAUUUUUACCGCUUCGCAUUCGCUCCCUUCUUCAUCUUGCUUUGAUUUUGGCGACCUUGUACUAGUCAAGUGUAAUUUUACUAGUACUUGCUGGAGGGUAUCCCCGUUUCUGGGCUGUGAGUGUCACAGUCAAGCUUUCAUUUCGCUAUUG